GUACCUAGAAGCUCGCCUUUGACUGCAUUCUUUCACGUUAACUUUACUUGAUGUGAUAGUCAUUCCUCAUAGUUGAUCGUUAAAUGAGAAACGUGACAAUUAAAAAAUAAUAAAAUUUUAUUUUUUAAAUUUCCAAAAGAAUAAAACCUCUCCCCCUCGCCAAUGCAGUUAAAUCCCAAUUUAAAUCCUAAAAUCCUACGAUUUUACUUACUUGUUAAAUGACAAGGUUGGUCACUGAGAUUACUUAAAACGUUCAUGUUUGGUCACUAAAAAUACUAGCUUAUAGUCCGGUCCAUUGGCCGAAAAAAGAUGGUGUGAAUUUGGUAAAUUGCAAUCAACAUAAUGAAUGUGUAGUCAGGUGUCCAUAUGCAUAACUAAUGCAUAUAAUUGAUUGGCAUUAACCUAAGAAAAAAUAAUAAUAAAAACCUAUGUUUUAUUAGCUUGACUCACACUAUUUGAAAUUUUAACUUUUUUAUAUUUAAGUACGACAAUAAAUGCCUAUUUGGUUGAAUCGGAACGGAAAACUUUGGUUACUAAAUCAUGGCUUGUUAGGAAGUGUGAAUAGCUCUAAUGGAAGACCUAGCAAAAGUUGGCUUCCCAAACUGAUUUGGGCCAAAUUGUACACAUUUUAUCCCCGUUUUCCUUGGUAAUUGUGGCAUUUGUGCUCUUAAAAGGGUGGUUUUACACUAGGUUUUGAGUGUUUCUGUGUCUUUCAGGAUCUAACAGGUGAAACCAGCCCCGGAGUCGAAAGUUGGAAGAAAACGGGCAAAGAGGGUGAUUUAGGCCAUGUUCACGGUUUCCCUUUGGAGUUCACGGUCUCCUAAGGCCGUGAACUAGAGCCAUAAACCAUGAACUGUGAAGCGUCCAGGGCGAUUUCAGAGGUUACUAAAGCCGAGUGAGUUCACGGUCACCAAGAUCGUGAACUUUGAGUGCAAACCGUGAACUCAAGUGAGUGAAGCAGUGCAUUUCGACACAACACUUCGAGUUCACAGACGCGUUGAGGAGUUCACGACUGUGAACAGAAGUUGUGAACUGAGCCUGAUCCUUGUAUAUAACGUGAGCUGAAGGAAAGAGAGAGGGAGAGCCCAAGAGUGAGAAAGCACCUUCUUCUUCAGAUACCGUGAAUCCAGGAGAGUGACGCCAAGGGAGUUCACGGUUUCUAAGACCGUGAACUUGGUGCACAAACUGUGAACCCAGGAGAGUGAAGCAGUGCGGUUUGGAGACGACACUGAGUUCACGGACGUGUUUAGGUGUUCACGGCUGUGAACUGGCCAACGCGGUCGUGAAUUGGUCAUUUCGGGAAAAUAUGAAGACAGCAGCAGGGAGAGCUGCUUUUUGGAGAAGGAACACUUUCUUUCUCUAGGUUUCAACACAAAACACCAAAGAGGAGUUCUAGUGAGAGAGAGAGAGAGAGAGAGAGAGAGAGAGAGAGUGUGUGUGUGUGUGAUCUUGGAGCUUUAUUGAAGACAUUGAUCAAGUUUAGAAGCUAGGAAUCAAGCCUAGAAGAAGAAGAAGAAGAAGAAGAAGAAGAAGAUCAUCAAGCACAAAUCUGGACCCAAAAACUGGCUCUCGUACACGGCUAAGAAGGAAGAUCCUAAAGUUUGGGCUGCUUUGAAACAGAAGUUUGAAAUGGAGAGCAUUGGAUCUAAUUCGGACCAUGAUAUGGUUUUGGAAACUAAGGAAACUAGAGAAAGGGAGGAGGAGAUACCAAAUCGGACACUGGCACAAGGGGAGACACAAGCUGGGAAGGAAAUUAGAAUGGAUCAACAAACGGGACCUGCUGCCACCAUACAAACCCCUAUUCAGUUUCCAAAACAAUUAGCAAAUAUGGUGGAUAAGUAUGUGGGUGCAUUAAAAAAGUUCGUGAUGGGCAGUACAGACGGAGGAAAGACUAGCAGGAGCACUGCCAGGGUGUGGAGAAGGAAGGAGCAGGGUCAGGCAAAACCAGCAGCUGGGGUACAUCUUACUGCCCAGAAAAGACAGGCAACAUCUCAAGAUGAUGGAGCAGUAGAUGGAGGACCAAAUUCGGGAGUGGCAAAGAAGCCAAAAACUUUAUAAUUCACUAGUACUCAAAAUAAUAUAUUGGAUGGCGGAGUGGCCGUCUCUACUGAGGAGCAGACUCGCCCAGCUCAAUGAGUUACCUAAGCUAUAAUUGCCAGGGUUUGGGGAGUCACCUGGCAAUUAAAAAGCUUGAUCGUCUUAUACGACGAGAAAAUCUCAGAGUAGUCUUCCUCAUGGAGACUAAGAGACAUGAAAAGGAAUGGGAAGAGGAGGUAGACAUGAUACAUGGGUACAAGGGUUUUGGUGUGGGCUCUACUAGAAGAGCAGGAGGCCUGAUAGUGUUGUGGCAGGAGGACAUUAAUCUGGAAAUUAAAGGAAGUGGUGAAAACUACAUAGACAUGAAAAUAAAAGAGGAUGGGCAUAGCUGGAGGCUGUCUGGAGUUUAUGGGUGGCCCGAUUAGGGGAAGAAGCAUCUGACCUGGGACCUACUCAGGUUCUUCAAAUCUCUUACGGAUCUAUCGUGGCUGUGCUGUGGGGAUUUUAACCUAAUCCAACACUAUGUUGAGAAGAGAGGGAAACAGCCAGCAAAGGGAGAUGAAAUGGACGGUUUUAAAAGAGCUCUUGAGGACUGUCAACUGGAGGAUUUAGGUUUCUAUGGAAAGCCUUAUACCUGGGAUAAUAAUCACAAAGAUGAAACUUUUCUAGAGGAGAGACUGGAUAGAAUGGUGGCAACUGAGUCAUGGCGGAGUUUCUAUCCUGACGCAGGGGUAUAUCACCUAAGACGAUGUGGUUCUGACCACAAUCCAAUCCUCUUGAAAACAAAUGUUCUGGCAGAGGAUGUGAAAUGGGGAAACUAUUUUAAGUUUGAAGCUUACUGGCAGGACCAUGGGGAAUGCAAACAAGUGAUAAAAGAUGUUUGGGAAUCGAAUGGCUUAGACUCAGUCUUGGAAAGAAUCAGAUUAUGUGAAGAAAAGCUAAGGUGUUGGAGUAAGCAGACCUUUGGCAGCUUAAAAGGCAGAAGGAUUAAGACAAAAAGGCUCUCGAGAAGAUUGACAAAAAGCAGAAAACCGAAGCUAUCCUGGCCCAAAGGAGAGUCUUAGAGAGCGAAUUGGAAGAGAUCCUAGUCUAGGAGGAGCUAAUAUGGAAGCAACGAUCAAUAAAUGAUUGGUUAAAGCUGGGAGAUAAUAACACUAAGUUCUUCCACAAACGAGCUUCAGAGAGAAGAGCUAAGAAUAUGAUCCGAAAGCUUAAAGAUGUGGAUUGAAGGAUUUGGAUAGGCCAGGAAGAUGUGGCAAGGGGCAUAGUGAGUUUCUACAAGAAACUGUAUACCUCUGACUCUGGUUCUGGAUCUAGGAUAGUGAUAAAUGCUGUACCAUGCAAGGUCACAUCAAGCAUGAAUGCAGAUCUACUAAAACCUUUGAGAAGCUCCGAGAGCUGAUGGUAUGCCUGCCCUCUUUUUCCAGAAGAAUUGGGAUAUUAUGGGAGAAUCAAUUACUGCGGAGCUA